ACUAAAUUCAUACUAGUGCAUUCCUCUAUCGAAUAUCGUACUUAAGUAAUAUGCUGCUUCAUUCAGGACUGAUGUCUUUCCUACUACCGGUCUCAGACCUAACGAAUCUGCAGACUGUCAAGGUGAUGGGUAGUCUUGCAAUCCUCAGGUCGAGAAAAUAUAUGUCUAUUCGCGACUGUUGUUCUGACCACACCCCACAGGUGCAGUGGACCUGGUCCAGACCAUGGGAUGUAACUCGUGUCAUAUUCAUCAUCUCCCGAUAUUUGCCUUUCGCGGGGGUUGGAAUGACUGCAUAUGACGCACUACGUGUCAGCAAUCAGAGCACAGUGGGUCUCACUUCUUUGGUAGCCUUGCUGGUUAUCCGGACCUGGGCAUUCUGGCAAAAGAGUAAAAAUUUGCUGAUCGGAUUAAUUGUUUAUAGCGUGUUGACAAUCAUCGCCGCCAUUGCUGCAGACUUGGCUCCUACAAUGAUGAUUCCAGGAGAGGAGCCCCCUCUAGGAACCUGUUACUUCGAGAGCACACGUAACGCUGCGAUCGUUUACUUGUUCUUGGUGAUAUUCGAAAGUGUGAUGCUGAUCCUUAAUGUAUAUAAGAGGAUUCGCGACUAUAAAGACUUUCAGAGCGGAAUUAUAGUAACCCUAUACCACGGUGGCAUGUUCUACAUGUUUUGCAUCCUCUCCGUCACACUCGCUAAUGUUAUCUUUGAGGGUGCACUUCCAAGCGCCUACAGCAAUAUGUUUGACUCGCUACAGCUGGUCGUUCACAGCGUCCUGGCAUCACGGAUUCUAUUCCGUCUUCGAGAUAGCAAUGAACGUGUCCACGUACCGUCCAUGUCAGUAAUGACAUUAGACACUCGGAUAAACUAUUUACGACCUUCGUCAAUGUCGAUGAGUGGGAUGGGUACUACCAGCGAAGUUCGAGGGAAUGUAGCCUAGUAGGUGUACUAGUAUAAGGUACCAUUGGCCUCUGAGCUUAUACUCUUAUCCAACGUAUAACUCAAUUGUAAUAUUAUGAUUUAUUGGGCAA